UAGAAUAUUUGGAAAAGUCUUCUUACCUUAAAACUCCCCUGCAAAACAUAAGUAUUUUUUUUGGAAAAUAUUACAUAAAAAUGGUGCAAAAAAGUAAUCCUGCUGUAAAUUUCUUCAAAAGCAUUUAUCACAAUGAAUUUCAAUGGUCUGUGGUAAAAAGUUUUGGAUUAUUCUUCUUGGGAGUACGAAUUGCCAAAGAAUUUGUGGGCGUUGAAAUUAUGCCAGCCAUUCACCAUUAAUCCGUGUUUUUAGCUUGUCCUUUAGUUUAAGUAUGAAACAUUGAAAAAUUUAAUUUUGUUUUAUAAAAUACCAACAUUUUUAUUAAAAAUGUUAACAAUUUAACUAAA